AUGGCUUCAUCCUUCAACUAUACAUCUCUCCAUCCGACGGAGAUUAGGCUACUGGUCCUUGAUCCAGGCCAAGACCAGGAUGUCUUACGGGGCUCUAUCGUCAACGCACAGCAUGACCCUGAACAAGGCAACGUCCCACAGUAUGAAGCCAUCUCGUACGCGUGGGGUGAUCAGACAAAUCCGGAUUCCAUAACUCUGCGUAUCUUGCGAAACACGGGGCCAAGUGUCAUCGACUCGAACGAUGGUGAUGCCAUAGAGGCUGAAUCCUCGCUUUCCAUUGGGCAAAAUCUUGGCGCUGUCUUACGGCACCUUCGCCAUGAGGCAGAUACGCGGACUCUCUGGUGCGAUUCCAUCUGCAUCAACCAGCAAGACUUUGACGAGAGAGCCGCACAGCGCGUCAUCGCCUGGUUAGGCUUGUCAGACGAACACAGCCACCUUGCCAUCCAGACUUUGAAACAAUGUGCCGAUUACAUUGACUUCUCAAACGAGGAGGAGGCCAUGCUGGCCAACAAAAUUAACUUGAAACCAGAGGCAGCUGCACUGGUCACGGACAUGGAAACGAACCUGCCCUUGUCGCCUCAGCAGUGGAUGUCACUUGAGGCCUUGCUCCCCAGAAGCUGGUUUCGACGGCUGUGGGUGCGUCAAGAGAUCCUGUUGGCGAACAAGGAUACCAUUGCCAUGGUUGGCAAAGAUAGCAUCCCGUUUCUGCACUUCUCCGGGGCGAUAGAUCUACUCUCUAUAAAGAGGAUGACGUUGGAGGCCAUCAGACCUCUUCAUUUAUCGGUCCACUUCUUCAAUAUGCGCACCUUUUCCUUCUUGAGGCACUUGAGAGACCUUUUCACCCUGAUUGCUUUUACGCACAACUGCGAGGUGACAAACGAAAGAGACCGCAUCUAUGGCUUACUCGGCCUUGCGGAAGGACCUUUUGUUAGUGGAAUUUCCAUCGAUUACAAAAAGGGCGUCAAAGAAGUAUUUCGCGAUGCACUGAUUGACGCCACUGAGUGGCACUCAGACCUCAAGCUACUGUCGUUCUGCGACUCGGCCUCUGAACCAACGUGGGUCCCGGAUUUCCAUCGAAUACAAGACCUGCGACCCAUAACCCACGUCCGGGCAGCCCUUGCUUCGGAUGUGGAAGGCAAGGUGCUCGACUUUGGCCACGUUUGGUUGCAAGGAAUCAGGUGCGACAUUGUUGUCGAGCAUCUGGGGCCUCACGAAGAGGGUCGCUCAAACGAGCAGCUUCGUGCUGCCAUUGUGAAGGGUGCCGUUCGCUUCUUGGGCCCAGAUCCAGAUCUCUGGAUGCAACAGGAGGUGAAGAAGUUUUGCCUCGCAAUACUUGUCAAUGACUUUCAUCUCUAUCCUCCCCAAAUCGACGGGAUAAAGAGCUAUUUGGCAUCGUUGGUCCGUUCAGAGGAUACGGUCCCCGAGGUGCAUUUCCUUCAGUUCAUCCACUACCUCACAGGACGCUCUCUAUAUUGGACAAGAAUGGGGUACGUCAUCUUGGGACCGCGCGGCUGCCGAACCGGUGAUGUAGUCUGCGUCUUCCUCGGCAGCCCCCUCCCUACUGUACUCCGUCCAAUGGAAAAUGGGGAAUAUCAGGUCAAAGGACCGGCGUCGCACCCUGCCCUCUUGAAUGGCGAAGCGCUUCUUGGCCCGCUUCCCGAGGGCUGGCGGCUUCGGUACACAACUCGUGCCCUAGAUCCUGUCUUUGAGUGUCCACGUCACGGGGAAUAUCAUCGUAUCGAUCCGCGAUUAAACGACAUCCCUUUGCCAGAAGGAAAGGAACUGCGCUGGAGGGACAACGGUACUCCUUUUUGGUAUACUGCUGAGAUAGAUCGGUGGACCAAUUUCGAUCCAAGAGUCUCGAUGGAGGAGUUGAUAAAGAGAGGAGUGAAGGUAGAGAAAUUCACGUUAUCAUGA